AUUGUUAAACUGAAGUUACAUAAAACAACACCCAUUUGGCUGAAUGAAAUCCUGUUUUUGAACAUAAAACCUUUUACUCUUGUUCUUCACAGCUUUGUUGAACUGAAGGCCAUCUGCAGAAAAAAGCAGUAUAUGACGGCAGUUGACGUGAUGGUACUUUACGAAGAUAAUGAGUGCAGUGUGUGCUACCUACCCUAUUCCCGGCACGAGCGUGUACCUCGGGUCCUGUACUGUGAACAUACCUUCUGUGGACCCUGCUUGGAGCAGCUGGCCCAGCCUAAAGAUGGUCUGUUGUCUGUGUGCUGCCCACUUUGUCGACGGAUAACUUGUGUGACUGGAGAGCAUGGGCUGCAAGCUACACUGUGGGUCAAUUCUGAUCUAUGGGAGCAGAUCUCUGAGAAUAAGGAGGAAGAAGGAGAGCAUGUUAAGCAAAUCCUUCUAGAACAUGCUUCAAGUGAUGAAUGGCCUUCCACUAAAAACUCCAUGCCCAAGCUCAGACUUCCCACCUUCCUGAAGAAAUUCAGUCUUACCAAGCAGCAGCAGCAAGAGACAGUUUUGCCAACCUCAAAUGUAGAGAUGAAAUCCUGGCGCAGACUCUCGGCAGAAGAAAUGGUCUACAGAAAUUAAGACUUAGACAGCCCCAAAAGUCUUUUUAUGGCUCUGAUAGUUUUUUUCUUUGUUUUAUAUGGGUAUUUUAGAUAUAUUUUUUCAAAGAAUUUUGGAAAAUGUGUUCAAGGUGAAGGAGUUAUACUUGUGUUUGGUAACAUUUUAUAAUGCUUUGGGACCAGUUUUAUGAUGCAAAAGUGGGAACUGCGGAGAAGUGUCACACUUGAGCAAGCCUUUUAAGACAUUAGCUCCAGAGAUACUGGCUAAUCCUGCUCUCCAAUCCUCACCUGUAUGUCACUCUGGACAAAAGUGGCUACCAAAUGAAUGUAGUAUAGUAAUAGUGUAGAGCUGCUGCUGUAGUACUUGAGUCAGUUGUCCUCUUAGAGCAGAUGUCUUUCCUUCUCUGUCUUCAAGGACCUUUUUGAAAAUAUUCAAAGCAUCUUGUUGAGAGAUACUCAAAACAUACACAAAACUGUUAUGAUUUGUUUAGAUAAAAAAGUUAUGUUUUAAAUCUGCUGUCCUUUGAAUGUGUAAACCCAGGGGUGUCAGACUCCAGUCCAGGAGAGUUGGAGCUCUGCACAUUUUUGGGUUUUCCGACACUUAAUAACCUGAUUCAAAUUCUUGUGCUAAUUAUCACACAGCUCUUGAACUGAAUCAUUUGUGAUGGAACAGGGAAAGAGCUAAGCUACACAGGCCUCCGGGAAUGGAAUUUGACACCCCUGUCUAAACCUGUGUCCUUAUAUAUCCAGCCAUCAGUGUUACUAAGUAGCUUUGUGAGUGUAUGUGCAAUUUAUAAAUGAGGUAUUCCCAUGGUUCUGUUUUUGCUCAUCACAUUGGUUCAAAUAGCACAGAGAUGCUUUUUAGUCAUUUUUAAUCACAGAUUAUAUAAAAUCAAAAUGCAAAUUGACAUUCAUAUAUAUGCAGUGCAUUUAUGUAACAUUGCAUGCAGUGCACACAAAUUUGUAUCCAUAUUCAUAUUUGCAUGAAUUGUGAGUUGGGUUGAGCUUCCCAAAGGAGAGAUGGAUAGAAAAGGAGGGAGAAGUAAUAAUAAACUUGCUGCACAUUUGCAACAAAAAUUGAUAAAAGUACUUAUGGUUGGACUAAGGUGUGAUAAGUUUCCUCUAACCAUUAGGAAGUAUAUGUUGUUGACGGGAAUAUUUCAGAGUUUUCUGACCCUGCAGGCUUGGGAAGAACAGGAUUGGGCAGGUCAAGUCUCAACUAGGUAACAGUAGCAGUUAGAGCAAAAUACUCACAGAUACUGAGCUGUUUGUUUCAUAGCAACACACCCAAUAUGUGUGAGCUGUAUCAUUGCUAAUCUGCUCACCUGCAUGCUGGAUGAAUAUGAGAUGAAGUGAAAUGUAACACAAAUCAUUAUUAUUCCUAAAUUCAGUUUGAACAACAUUAAAUUACAAAUUACUGUUUCCUUUUGAGUUAUUGGAGAGAAAAUAAAAAAGAGAAACCUAUGGGCUGAAUCCUCCCAUAUUUUUUUCCACAGAACUUGUUCUACCAGAACACAGUAACAUGUUUGUUUAGCAACCAAAACUUCUUGACUUCAGGGUUGAACAAAGCAUACAUAUGAAUCAGGUAAUAUUAGUUAAUCACAAUUCAGAGAUUUGUCAUUGGUAUAUUACUCUCUGGUGUCACUAAUUUCAAUAAGUAGUCGGUUUUUUUCUUCAACACCUAAACACUGUUGUGCAAUUUAUUUUGAGUCAUCAGUACAGGCUAGUAAGGUAACACCCACAAGCUCAAUGACUGUUUAUACCAUGGAAAACCUCAUUUGGGAAAUCGGUGAAUCCUGCAAACUUUUCUUUUUGUGACACAUCAAAAUUGAUAUUUGACACUUAAACCAGUAUUAUUUUAAUUUUGUUUCUUUUUUUUUGUUUAGUUUUUAUUUUUAUAUCCAUUUGGAAUGCAGUUUAGUUUGAGUAAGUUUUCAGUGUGUUUUUAUUAGUUUAAAUAUAUAUUUCUAUGUAGUUGUUAUUUAUAUUAAGUUUAAGUUUUACUAUGUUAAGUUUUGGUGUGUAACAGCAUUGCAUUCUCUGGAAAGUCUCGUAAUUUAAUUUGCGCUAUGACCAAUAUUUUCUGUGACAUAACAGUAAGAACUGUAAGAGAUACAUUAGUAGUACAUACAGAGUCCUGGACAGAAUCCUUUUUUUCCCCCAUGUACAUUUAUCUAAUUAACAUUUAACUGACACUUUUAUCCAAAAUACAUUUUAUAUAUGCUCCCUGGGAUUUGAACUGUACUAGCCUACAAUAGUACUAUAAGCGUACUAUUGUAAAUUGUGCUUUAGUUUAACAUGCCCAUAAAAAACUCAAGCAUGGGACGGGUGCAAACUCAAAAUCCUCACAUUUCACAAACGACUUAAUUGCACAACUCUACUGACAUAUUCCUUUUGCACAAUAAAAUAAAGUUUUAUAUAGUAUAUAAACAGGAUUAGCUACAGUCAACAAGAACAGUAUUCAAAUAAAAAAUCUUAAGUA